AUGUCUGGGGUGUCCGAGCCCCUGAGCCGAGUGAAGGUGGGCACGUUACGUCGGCCUGAAGGCCCCCCAGAGCCCAUGGUGGUGGUGCCAGUAGAUGUGGAAAAGGAAGACGUGCGGAUCCUCAAGGUGUGCUUCUAUAGUAACAGCUUCAACACCGGGAAGAACUUCAAGUUGGUUAAAUGCACUGUGCAGACAGAGAUCCAGGAGGUCAUUGCCUCCAUUCUGCUGAGUGGACGGAUAGGGCCCAACAUCCAGCUGGGUGAGUGCUAUGGCCUGAGGCUGAAGCACAUGAAGUCGGAUGAGAUCCACUGGCUACACCCGCAGAUGACAGUGGGUGAGGUUCAGGAAAAGUACGAGUGUCUGCACAUGGAGGCUGAAUGGAGGUAUGACCUCCAAAUCCGCUACUUACCAGAGGACUUCAUGGAAAGCCUAAAAGAAGACAGGACAACGCUACUUUAUUUUUACCAACAGCUACGGAAUGACUACAUGCAACGCUAUGCCAGCAAGGUCAGCGAGGGCAUGGCCCUGCAGCUGGGCUGCCUGGAGCUCAGGCGGUUCUUCAAGGACAUGCCCCACAAUGCACUUGACAAAAAGUCCAACUUCGAGUUCCUGGAGAAAGAAGUAGGACUGGACCUGUUUUUCCCAAAGCAGAUGCAGGAGAACUUAAAGCCCAAGCAGUUCCGGAAGAUGAUCCAGCAGACCUUCCAGCAGUAUGCCUCGCUCAGGGAGGAGGAGUGCGUCAUGAAGUUCUUCAACACCCUCGCGGGCUUUGCCAACAUCGACCAGGAGACCUAUCGCUGUGAACUCAUUCAAGGAUGGAACAUUACUGUGGACCUGGUCAUCGGCCCGAAGGGCAUCCGCCAGCUGACAAGUCAAGAUGCAAAGCCCACCUGCCUAGCUGAAUUCAAGCAGAUCAAGUCCAUCAGGUGCCUCCCACUGGAGGAAGGCCAGGCGGUACUACAGUUGGGCAUUGAAGGUGCCCCCCAGUCUUUGUCCAUCAAAACCUCCUCUCUGGCAGAGGCCGAGAACAUGGCUGACCUGGUGGAUGGUUACUGCCGGCUUCAAGGGGAGCACAAAGGCUCUCUCAUCAUUCAUCCCAAGAAAGAUGGUGAGAAGCGGAACAGCCUGCCCCAGAUCCCCGUACUGACCCAGGGGAGAACACUGGAACCCCAGCACAUCACAAGUGGCGAUUUCUCGCCAGUAAACUUCACCCUAAACCUGGAGGCGCAGCAGCCCCAUCUCUCAGAGAGCUUCAGCAUAGAAUCAGACAUCUAUGCAGAGAUUCCCGAUGAGACCCUGCGAAGGCCCGGAGGCCCACAGUAUGGCGUCACACGGGAUGAUGUAGUCCUGAAUCGGAUUCUUGGUGAAGGCUUUUUUGGGGAGGUCUACGAAGGUGUCUACACGAAUCAUAAAGGGGAGAAAAUCAACGUAGCUGUAAAAACCUGCAAGAAAGACUGCACUCUGGACAACAAGGAGAAGUUCUUGAGUGAGGCAGUGAUCAUGAAGAAUCUUGACCACCCUCAUAUUGUGAAGCUGAUCGGCAUCAUUGAAGAGGAACCCACCUGGAUCAUCAUGGAAUUGUAUCCCUAUGGUGAGCUGGGCCACUACCUAGAGCGAAACAAGAACUCCCUGAAGGUGCUCACUCUCGUCUUGUACUCCCUGCAGAUUUGCAAGGCCAUGGCCUAUCUGGAGAGCAUCAACUGUGUCCACAGGGACAUCGCCGUGCGAAACAUCCUGGUGGCCUCCCCUGAGUGUGUGAAGCUGGGGGACUUUGGCCUUUCCCGGUACAUUGAGGAUGAGGAAUAUUACAAAGCCUCUGUGACUCGUCUCCCGAUCAAGUGGAUGUCCCCUGAGUCCAUCAAUUUCCGCCGCUUUACGACAGCCAGUGACGUCUGGAUGUUUGCUGUAUGCAUGUGGGAGAUCCUGAGCUUUGGCAAGCAGCCCUUCUUCUGGCUGGAGAACAAGGACGUCAUCGGGGUGCUCGAGAAGGGGGACCGGCUACCCAAGCCCGACCUCUGCCCACCUGUUCUCUACACCCUCAUGACUCGCUGCUGGGACUACGACCCCAGUGAGCGGCCCCGCUUCACUGAGCUCGUGUGCAACCUCAGUGACAUUUAUCAGAUGGAGAAAGACAUCGCUAUAGAGCAGGAAAGGAAUGCUCGUUACCGACCUCCCAAAAUCUUGGAGCCCACAGCCUACCAGGAACCCCCACCCAAGCCCAGCCGGCCCAAGUAUAGACCCCCUCCACAAACCAACCUUCUGGCUCCCAAGCUGCAGUUCCAGGUCCCUGAGGGUCUGUGUGCCAGCUCACCUACGCUCACCAGCCCUAUGGAGUAUCCAUCUCCUGUAAACUCGCUGCACACCCCACCUCUCCAUCGGCACAAUGUCUUCAAGCGCCACAGCAUGCGGGAGGAGGACUUCAUCCGACCCAGCAGCCGAGAAGAGAUUGAGGGGACCCAGAAGCUGCUCAACAAGGACCUGGCGGAGCUCAUCAAUAAGAUGCGCCUGGCCCAGCAAAACGCCGUGACCUCCCUGAGUGAGGAGUGCAAGCGGCAGAUGCUCACAGCCUCCCACACCCUGGCCGUGGACGCCAAGAACCUGCUCGACGCCGUAGACCAGGCCAAGGUUCUGGCCAAUCUGGCCCACCCGCCUGCAGAGUGA